CUGACGGGCUCGGCUGCAUCAUGCUGGAGACCCCGUUGAGAGGAUCUUUUCUCUAUAAAGAGAAGAUGCGCCUCUUAGAGGAUCGCAUGGAUUAAACUGCGCGCCUCUUCAGCUGCUAUUCAGGACUGCGCACACUCUCCCAGGUGGACUGUGGGACUUUCCCAGACCGAACAACACCUUCAAUCCCGCACAUCCUGCAGAAGACGGAUGUGAGCAUCUUUUUCCCCGCGUGCGUCGCAGCCACUCAGCGCAUUUGUGUCGCAGGCGCGUGGAGAGGGAGCGCGAGGACAGAUGGCUGCGCUCACGAUACAAAGAACUGACAACUUUUUGCACACCUUUUUGCAGGAUCGAACUCCCAGCUCCUCUCCAGAAGGAGCACCGAACGCUCUUUCCUUCCUGGCCACCACCUGCAGCCAGGCUUGGCAGGUGGGUGGCACCAUGGGCUCAGAAGGCUCCCAGUUCCCCUAUGAAGGCACGGUCAGCUCCACAUCUGGAAUGUUUCAGCUCUGGAGCAAUGACAUGGCACCGAGUUCAGCCCUCAGCACGCACCAGAUGACCUUCUCCAUGCCCAAGGUGCAGUUCCCUGGACACAUGCAGUCUGGCCUGAGUCAUCAUCAUCAUCAUCACCACCAUCAUCCCCAUCAUCACCAUCACGAGCUACCUCUCACCCCUCCAGCUGAACCUGCAUCAACCUACUCCUUUGAACUCUCCCCUGUUAAAAUGCUGUCCUCCCAGCCACAGGCCAGCAGCCCCUAUUAUCCUCAGCAUAACAGUGUAGGACAAAACUUCCCCAGCUUCCUGCAGAAUUCUUCAGCCCGGCAUCACCUGUCUGGAGGUCAUGUGGAGGAAGGACAGCAGUGGUGGAGCUUGCCCCAAAGCAACACCACCCCUUCCAGUCAUCCCUUCACCCUGGGCAGACAACUGGUUUUGGGUCACCAGCCUCAGAUUGCUGCUCUUCUCCAGGGCACCUCCAAGGGUCUGCUAAGCUCCACUCGCCGUUGUCGGCGCUGCAAAUGCCCCAACUGCCAGGCAAACGGUGGGGGGUUGGAGUUUGGGAAAAAGAGGCUUCACAUCUGUCACAUCCCAGAGUGUGGCAAAGUGUACAAGAAGACCUCUCACCUGAAGGCACAUCUGCGGUGGCAUGCCGGGGAGAGGCCCUUCAUCUGCAACUGGCUGUUUUGCGGUAAAAGCUUCACCCGUUCGGAUGAGCUUCAGCGACACCUGCGCACACACACCGGGGAGAAGCGCUUUGGAUGUCAGCAGUGUGGCAAAAGGUUUAUGAGGAGCGAUCACCUCUCCAAGCACGUCAAGACCCACCAGACCAGGAAGGGCCGGUGUGGCCAGCCGGCACAAAGCACAGAGCCUCUGCUCACCAACAUCAAGAGAGAGUAACCUCUGUGGUUCCUUGAUUAUCAGCAACAAAGACCAGACUGUGUGACUUGCUUACUGCUUUAGGUUUGCACUAAUGGGAGAGGCGCUCAUACUCCCCUCAAAUGUUGUUGCUCAUCAAAGUCCUGCUUUUGGAUUUUUAAAAAAAUAAAAUUGUGAAUUAUUCGAGUUAAACAAGUGUGUGCUGUUAAAAGAAAUGCACCUUGAAAGGAAACUUGAAGCCUUUUUCUUCAGCGAUAUUGUUUAGCAGCCUUCAGUGUGAUCUUCAGUUUAACCAUAAAAAGAAUAAAAAUAAAAUCAAAAACUUUCUUCCCCUUAAACUGCUUUUAAAACUUGAUGUAAGAAAUAUUUUUUUUUCAAACUACAUUAUGCAAAUAAUUUAUCUAUGUGAACAUUUUAAUUUGGUGGAGAGAAAAAUUCUAUGUUUAUGUUGACAGAUCGCUAAUAUCAUCAGGUGGAUUUUUUGCCUUAGUGCAGCUGCUGUUGAUAAACGUUGGUUUAAUAGAGAAAAAAAGCCAACUUUGCUAAAAAGAUUUUAAUUUGUAAACAUCUGCAAAUAUUUUCUGCUAUUUUAGGAUCUAUUCUGAAAGGAAAGCCGAUUUUUCUUUUUUGAUCUCUUCAUACUCAGGCGGCAGCCCAAAGCCCCAAUCCUAAUUAGCAAACACUUCAAAUUUGAAAGGUCUUUGUAAAUACUGUACAAAUAUGAUGACGAUUUUAUUUGGGUUUUAACAGCAUGUACAUUUUAAUAAACAUUCUCAUGGAAAACAGUUUUUAAGAGUUGAACUUUCUGAAACAUUCGCAACGGUUUGUGUCCUGAUCAGUUUCAGAGGCUUUAGUGAAUUUCCUCUCUUAAAAAAAUUAGGACGUGAAUUUCUGACAGAGCGUUAGAAAGAUCUGAGGUUUAUUUAAACGGUCAUUUGAUUGCUUUCAGAAUACAAAUGCCGCUCAUUGUGAUGUGGGUGUGAGGGAAGCAGCUCCGGCAAAAAAGACCAAACAUGGUGGGCUGUUCAAAGAUUUUCACACCUCAAAGUAAACACUCGUUCCAUUGAAGAGGCUGCGUGUCUCGCCUGGUGCAAUCAAGUUCACAGUCAUGUGGCUUUUAAUGAGUGUUUUCUUUCUCUCAAUGGAGAAGAUUGAGUCAACAGAUGCAACAGAGGGCACUGGAGAGGAAUUCCCUGUGAAUAGGACCCCUGUUGCCGAGAACCCCCACUGGUGACAGGAACUCCCUUUGAUUUUGCACCCUUGUGAAAGUUAAUACCCCUCCCACCCCAAAGCUCCAUAUAUCACAGCAGUGUUACGAUGGGUCCUGUUUUACAGCCCAGAAUGAAGCUUUAUUCAAAAGGCAGCCAACCAGAUGUCUGCUCAUCCAGGGGUUUCUUCUCUUUGUUUUUGAUCCCGUUUGAACUUCUUCCAGUAGGAUGCAAAAGCAAGAUGCUUUGUCGGAGCCUACUAUGGUGAAUUACUUAAAAGGAAAUAAGAAAAAAAACUUUCCUUUUACCACCAGCUCAACUGAGAAAAAAGGCAUGUAGAAUGUUGUCAAAACAGCACAUCUUAUUUAGGCAGACGCUUAUCCGACUGUCUUUUAAGUAAAUACAACCAUCAAUAAUUUUAAGAGCUAAAAAACAAUCUAAAUUUGCAGAGGCUACUAAAAAAACUUGUAAAGAAACACACAGCAUUGAGUUCAAAUUCCAAAAGAUACUUUUUUAUUUGAUAUGAUACACUUAUUUUCUGUUCACCUAUUACCAAACCCUUUCUCAGUCUUUCUGUGCUCACAUUUGGUUCUCUGUAGUGGUAUUCCUUUGUGUUGCAUGCAAACCUGCUCCAUCAGAAAUUUAAUUUCCAUCACCGGAUCCCAACAAAUGUGGGAUCGGUCAAAACUGUAAAAAUCCCUUGUCAGACAUUUUGGUUUCCUUUAAAAAAAA